GGAAAUGACGAAGCAUCGUGUCUCGAAUUCUCGGCCAGGCCUUCCUUUUCCGGUGCGAUGUGCCACGGGUCUUUGGGUAAUAUUUUUCGUCUUUCAUUCUUGUCAUUAUACGUUAGUUCCAUAUACUACGAAAGACGCAGGCUGAUUUUCAUUGGAACGGGUAACACUUAGCAACAUUAGAAUUAUAUUAUUUUCAUUUAUUUUAUUUUAUUUUUUAUCUUAGAUGAUAAACAAAUUAUCAUUGGGAUAUUUGACCUGCCUUUCUUUAACGUAAAUUACCCAAUCUGAUGAAAAACGGCAGCUAAAUAUACCUAUAUAUUUUAUUUCUUGUUAACCGUUCUAUUCAUCAAUGUCAUUUCGAAGAAAGAAGCCAUUUUACAAACAUUUUCUCUCUCUCUCUCUCUUUCUCUUACUCACACAUGUGCAUAAAUUUUGCAUGGUGUCAAAUCGACCUUUCGUAUCAACUGUCUAACAUUCAUACAAAGUUUAUUAUUAUUACUCGUUAAUUAUGGUCGUUACCAUCUUCCCAGUGCCUAUUGGUUCAUUCAUUGUGUGACCUAGAGAAUAUUAUAAGUUCCCUGAGCUUGUUUUUUGAUCAAACUCGAAACAUAUUGUGUGCCAUCAUGUUGAAUUAUUGGAAUAGCAUAACGUAAGAAUCUUUCUAUCUUUUAAACGCAUCUAAUUGUGAAAAUCCAAUAAUUGUUCGAUUGGAAAGAUCGUUGCCAACGGUACAAAAUGAAAUUUAACGUAGUAUUUGUCUUUUAUAGUUACGUUUUACGAAUUUCUAGUUCUUUUUUGAUGUAAAAGAAAUAUUUCGUCGAAACAAUUUUUUUUGUCUUUUUCAAUUUUCAAAUAUCAAAAAUAAGUUAUUUAAAGAUCAUGUCUCAAAAAAAAGAACAAAAAAAAUAAAAAAGUAUCUCGUUCUAACGGUGUAAAAAUAUGCAUGUAGUACGUGACCACAUCGUAUAAGAUUUUAUGUUAAUUGCGCAUUUGACUGGAUAAUAUCGAAAAACCGACGCGCCGUGCAUUCUGGGUAAAAUUUCCGUGAGUAAUAAAAAUGGCUGUCUUAACAAUGAUUUCCGUUUUGUAAUGUACUUAAAAACGUAUAGUAUAUACGUAGUUAAUAUGAGAAGAAAAUUGAAAGAUUUGGAUUAGAAAAAUAAUAUUAUAUAAAGGACAGGAUAAAUUUUAGUUAAUUUUUAUAGUAAAAAUAUCUUUUUUGAUUUGUCUAAUUUAUUUGGGAGGAUAAAGAAGUGUGAAGAAAGUUUGAGGGCGCUGUAGUCGAAAGGCCAAACGUUGCAUGCUGGGACGAUAGGUAGGGGGAGGGCGAAAGAACGAGUCCGAAUCUCACAAAAUGGAGACGAAACUGAGGUCUGCGAACAUAUAGUACGAUAAAAUUCAAUAAGUUUGCACAAUGUCGCAACGUUGUACAUCAUUAGUCGAUUAAUAUUGCGAACACGUGUGCGCGAAUUAGUUUAUUUUUCUUAAAUUAACGUGAGAUUGUGCGUGGUGCUUCAUUUAUUCGAGAUUCGAUGCGACGCGUAGACGAUACGAUGCAGAAAACGUUUGACUCUGAAUCCGGUAAGGAAUCUGGCUCAGAUUCUGAAAAUGAAAGUAAAAGCGAUAGUUCCUCUUCUGGAAGCAACUCAGCAUCUGGCUCUGGCUCAGAUAGUGACUCUAGCUCCUCGAGUGGUUCCGGUUCAGGAUCAGGUUCAGAUUCUGAAAAAUCAGAGCAAUUGGAUGCACCUGCACAGAGUGAUAGUUUACAAAGCAAAUCUUCUAAUCACAGCACAGAAACAAAACUUAGGCUUAAAAAUGAGUCUAGUCGUGAAUGGGACGAGAAUCCUGAUAUUUAUGGCAUUAGGAGAUCUGGACGUUCUAGAAAAGAGCCAGAGAGGCUUGCAACCCAACGCGAAAGCGACAGUGAAGGUCGCAAGAGAUAUAAGAAAAAGAGCUCACACAAUGCAUGGAAUUCUGAAAGCUCAGAAUCAGAAUCUGAUGAAGCUGAAAAUAGACGACCACCACCAGCUAGCAAAUCUUUAAACAGGCGUGCAGCACAAAAAGCCAAAGAAAAAGCUAGAACACGUAAAAAGAGAAUUUCUGAAUCUUCUGAUAAUUCAUCAUUUGACAGCGAUGAUAACAGAAGGCAAGUUACGAGAAGAACAGGUACUGCUGUUAGCUAUAAAGAAGAGAGCGAAGAAGGUACUGAUAGCGAAGACUUGGUGGAAGUCGAUGAAGUGGCACCUACUAAUGCGGAACCUGAUAAUGCGGAAACGGUUGAAAGAAUUUUAGGACAAAGAAUAGGGAAAAAGGGUGUUACAGGAAAUGUAACCACAAUUUAUGCAGUAGAAGAAAAUGGUGAUCCUAAUCCGAAGAAUUUAAGCUCAGAAGAAACUGAAAAACAAUACUUAAUUAAAUGGAAAGGGUGGUCGCAUAUACAUAAUACGUGGGAAUCUGAAGAUUCUUUAAAAGCACAAAAGGUUAAAGGGUUAAAGAAAUUAGAUAAUUUUAUUAAACGCGAACGAGAUAUAAAACAAUGGAGAGAUCAAGCUGGACCCGAGGAUAUCGACUAUUUUGAGUGUCAGUGGGAAUUACAACAAGAACUUUUGAAAAGCUAUAACAAUGUGGAAAGAAUUAUUGCUGAAUACAACAAGCCAGAUUCAGGACAUCCUGAUUAUUAUUGUAAAUGGGAAAGUUUACCGUAUGCCGAUUCUACGUGGGAAGAUGGUGCAUUGAUAAUUAAAAAAUGGCCCGAGAAAAUCAAGGAGUUUCGUGAUAGAGAAGAUUCUAAAAGAACACCAAGUAAGCACUGUAAAGUGCUUAAAGCUAGACCUAAAUUUCAUCAAUUGAAAAACCAACCCGAAUAUAUGGGAAAAGGAAAAGAUUUAGUCCUAAGGGAUUACCAAAUGGAUGGGCUAAAUUGGAUGAUUCAUUCUUGGUGUAAAGAGAACAGUGUCAUUUUAGCUGAUGAAAUGGGUCUCGGAAAAACAAUACAAACCAUAUGCUUCCUUUAUUAUCUUUUCCAUACACAUCAACUUCACGGACCGUUUUUAUUAGUAGUACCUCUUUCAACAAUGACUUCCUGGCAAAGAGAAAUGGCCCAAUGGGCACCUGAUAUGAAUUUUGUUACUUAUUUGGGUGAUGUAACAUCUCGAAAUGUAAUACGAGACCACGAGUGGUGUUACAGUUCUAAAAGAUUAAAAUUUAAUGCAAUACUUACAACCUACGAGAUAGUACUUAAAGAUAAAACAUUUUUGGGUGCCUUAAAUUGGGCAGUGCUUUUAGUCGACGAAGCUCAUAGAUUAAAAAACGAUGAUUCUCUCCUUUAUAAAGCUUUGUCCGAAUUUCAUACCAAUCAUCGUCUUUUAAUAACCGGCACUCCACUACAAAACAGUUUGAAGGAAUUGUGGGCUUUGCUUCACUUUAUAAUGCCUGACAAAUUUGAUUCUUGGGAAGAAUUUGAACAGGAACACGAUAAUGCUGCCCAAAAAGGUUAUUCUAAGUUACAUAAACAAUUAGAACCUUUUAUUUUAAGACGUGUUAAAAAAGAUGUAGAGAAGUCCUUGCCAGCUAAAGUCGAACAGAUUUUACGCGUUGAAAUGACGUCCUUGCAAAAACAAUAUUACAAGUGGAUAUUGACCAAAAAUUACAAUGCUUUGCGCAAAGGUGUUAAAGGCUCGACUAUGACAUUUCUUAACAUAGUAAUAGAAUUGAAGAAAUGUUGCAAUCAUGCUUUUCUAACUAAACCGACUGAAAGUGAAAGAAAAGAUAGCAAUGAAGAUUAUCUACAGCAAUUGAUUAGAGGUUCAGGAAAAUUGGUACUUUUGGAUAAACUUUUAGUCAGACUUCGUGAAACCGGACAUAGAGUAUUAAUAUUUAGUCAAAUGGUUAGAAUGUUGGAUAUUUUGGGAGAAUAUCUACAAAAACGACAUUUCCCAUUUCAACGAUUGGAUGGAAGUAUAAAAGGUGAAUUGAGAAAGCAAGCCUUAGAUCAUUUUAAUGCCGAAGGUUCUCAAGAUUUUUGUUUUUUACUAUCAACGAGAGCCGGUGGACUUGGAAUUAAUCUUGCCACUGCUGACACAGUAAUUAUUUUUGACUCGGAUUGGAAUCCACAAAAUGAUUUACAAGCUCAAGCUAGAGCUCAUAGAAUCGGACAGAAAAAUCAAGUUAACAUAUACAGAUUAGUGACCAAAAAUUCUGUUGAAGAAGAAAUAGUUGAACGAGCGAAACAAAAAAUGGUUCUUGACCAUUUGGUUAUCCAAAGGAUGGAUACAACCGGAAGAACAGUUUUGGAUAAAAAGAAUGCAGGGACCAAUAAUAAUCCAUUUAAUAAAGAAGACUUAAAUGCCAUUUUAAAAUUCGGUGCGGAAGAAUUAUUUAAAGAUGAAGAAGACGGCGAUGAAGAACCUACAUGUGAUAUCGAUGAAAUUUUAAGAAGAGCUGAAACCAGGGAUGAAGGACCUGCUACUGUAGGAGAUGAAUUGUUGUCUGCAUUUAAAGUAGCAAGUUUUGCCGCAUUCGAAGAAGAAUCAGAACCUGUCAGCCAACCUAACGAUAACGACGAUGAAAGUAAAGACUGGGCUGAGAUAAUACCCGAAAACUUCCGUAAAAAGGUUGAGGAAGAAGAAAAAUCUAAAGAAAUGGAAGAUCUUUACCUUCCACCCAGAAGUCGUAAGACUCUUCAACAAAUUAAUCAAACUGGAGACGGAAGAGGUAGAAAAAGAAAAAAGACACCAGAUGACAGCGAGGAGGAACAAGAAUCUGGCAGCGAAGUUGAAGGUAGCGACGACGAGAGACCUAAAAAGAGAGGAAGACCACGAGUAACACCACGUGAAAAUAUAAAGAGUUUUACAGAUGCGGAAAUUCGAAAAUUCGUGAAAAGUUAUAAGAAAUUUACAGCACCUUUGAAAAGAUUAGACGACAUUGCUGCAGAUGCUGAAUUACAAGAAAAACCAAUGUCAGAGUUACGUUAUUUGGGUGAACAAUUGCAAUCUCGUUGUGAGGCUUGUUUAUCUGAAUUUGAAAGUACUGCCAAAGAAAAUAAAGGUGAGGAGGAGGGUAAAGGACCUGGUCGUAAAAGAGGAAGAGGUCCUACGUUCAAAAUGGGUGGCGUUAUGGUCAAUGCUAAAUCAUUUUCUGCUGCUGUCAAAGAAUUGGAACCUUUAGAUCAAGCACUUCCCUCAGAUGCCGAACAAAGAGCUAAUUGGCAUCUUGAUAUUAAAGUUAAGCCAGCUAACUUUGACUGCGAUUGGACCAUCGAAGAUGAUUCUAGGCUUUUGAGAGGCAUAUACCAACAUGGUAUGGGCUCUUGGGAAGCUAUCAAAACCGAUGCUAGUUUAAAACUUACUGAUAAAAUUCUUCCUAAUUGUAGUAAGGUUCAGUUCAAACGAGUGACAGCUCGUGCUGAAUACUUAUUAAAAGUUCUUAAAAAGCAAAUGGAUUUCAAGCAUGGCGUGGCCCUAAUAAAGAAAGAGGAAGAUGUCAUCGUGAAAAAAGAAAUUAAAGAAGAAUCCGAAGAAGUAUCAGAAGAAAAAAAGAAAGAAAAGAAAGUUAAGAAAGAUAAAAAGGAAAAUAAAAAGGCUAAAAAAAGUAAACAAACUGCAGGACCUAUGCAUUUCACUGCUAACAACGAGCCACGAGCUCUUGACGUUCUUGGUGAUUUAGAUCCAUCUAUCUUUAAUGAGUGUAAAGAAAAGAUGCGUCCAGUGAAAAAAGCUUUAAAAGCUUUGGACAAACCAGACGAAUCGUUGAGCGCGGAAGAUCAAGUUACUCACACACGCCAAUGUUUAGUUCAAAUUGGAAAUCAAAUAAAUACUUGUUUGGCAGAAUAUAGAGAACCAGUGCAAAUAAAAGAAUGGCGAAGCAAUUUAUGGUAUUUUGUAUCAAAGUUUACAGAAUUUGAUGCUAAAAAGCUCUAUAAAUUAUAUAAACAUGCAACAAGGAAGAGUAAUGGGGAUAACAAUGUGAAUGUGAGUUCUAGUCCUGACAAAAAGGAAGAGGCAAAUAAUUCUAAGAAACACGAAAAAUCUUACGACAAGCACAAUGAUAAACAACUAAUGGAUUCAAGUAACAAAGAAUCACGACAAUUAAAGCGUAGAAUUGAUGAUGUGGAAGACAGUUCUAAUAGCAGUAUGCCAAGUAAGAAAACUGUUAACACAGCUAUUAAUGCUGUGAGUAAUAUCAGUAACACUUCGGCUGUUACUAUCGGUACUAUUACGAUAACUCCUAUAACAUCAACUGCAAAUUCUACAUCAAAUACAACUAAUACUACGGAUACGUCAAGGCAUAAAGAACAAAAAGAUUCUAAGUCCAAAGAUAUGAAACGAGAUCGGGAACGUGACAGAGACAGAGAUAGAAGUCAUAAUGACAGAGGAAUGGACAGAUUAAAUUGCGUUAAAGAUGAACGCAUCAGAAGGGAUAGUGGUGGUUAUAGUAUGGGUGGAGGACACUAUAGCGGUAAUAGAGAUGAAGAUCACUGGAUAUUACCUAGAGAUACCAGAGAUAUAAGAGAUGGAAGAUUUACAGACCACAAACGUGAUAGAUUUGAAUCCUAUGGUCGAUUAUCUAGUGGAUAUCAUCGUGACAGAGAAAGGGACAGAGAUCGUGGCAUGCACAUAAACGAUAAAAGAAGUGAUUAUUACAGAUAUCCGUCUGGACCACCUAAUUACGGUUACGGUCCAGGUAGUUACGCAAGCGGAGGAGGUGGAGGAUACGCACCUAAUGAUAUGCCACAAAGUCAUUUUAGAGGUCGAGGUUAUCCCGGAGAUAAUUAUUCGAAUGAAUGGCGACCUAGCAAGGAUUAUAGAAGAGAUUAUGAUAGGAGGCCGCCACCACCAAAUGCCAAUUCCUAGUGCUCCUUUUUUCGGGCGCUCUUGUGUAUUGUCAAGCAAGUUUGAAAUUUCGUUGAAACAUCAUGUAAUUUUACACUAAAACAGCACUUUAAGUAGUGCUAAUUAACAGAAAGGAAAUUUGUGUUAAAUGUAUUUAAUAUUCAAUAUAUAUAUAAUCCUUUCUGUUAUUUAUCACCACUUGUGAUUUGUAGCUAUGUUAAAAGUCGAUUAUCCUUCACUGCUUAGUUAACACGCAACAAAAUUAAUUUUAUUAAGAUUGGCAAGUACGAUCGUAUUUAAAACAUACUUUAAUGAUAUAUAAUAGAUUGUGCAGAAAAGAAGUAAUGAUAUACUGAAAUAUAUAUAUAUAUAUAUAUAAAUAAAUAUGUAUAUGAAAUACAUAUU